AUGCCGGGCGCGGAGCCGUGCCGUGACCUGCUGGACUACAAGACGCUUAAGUUCUCUCUGACGCGGAACCGCCGGGUCGGGCUCCUGCACCGCCUGCUCCAGCUCGCCGUGCUGGGCUACCUGCUCGGCUGGGUGCUGCUGGUGCGGAAGGGCUACCAGGACACGGACCGUGCCCCCCUCGCUGCUGUCGUCACCAAGCUGAAGGGGACUGCGGUGGCUGGGACGGGGACCGCGGGACGGCGGCUGUGGGACGCUGCCGACUACGCUCAGCCUGCGCAGGGAGGAAGUGUGCUGUUCCUGGUGACCAACUUCAUCGCCACAGCAGAGCAAGCCCAGGGCACCUGUCCCGAGAGCCCCUCUGUCCUUGAUGCCAAGUGCACAGAAGAUGCAGACUGCCCCAGGGGAAGCCCAGUGGUUGGUGGCAACGGGAUAAAAACUGGGAAAUGUGUGACUUUCAACACCACCCAUUCCACCUGUGAGAUCCAUGCCUGGUGUCCUGUGGAGAACAACACCCUGCCCAGGAAACCUCUUCUGGCUGAGGCAGAGAAUUUCACUCUUUUCAUCAAAAACACCAUUCACUUCACCAAAUUCAGCUUCUCCAAGUGCAAUGCUUUGCAAACCAGUGACCCCAGCUACUUCAAGAGCUGCACCUACCAUCCAAUCUUCAGCCCCUCCUGCCCUGUUUUCCGUAUCCAUGACAUGGUGCAGGCAGCUGGAGAGAACUUUGGAGACCUUGCACUGCUGGGAGGGAGCAUCAGCGUGCGCAUUGAGUGGGACUGCGACCUGGAUCGCCCUGCUGCCCAGUGCCAGCCACACUACUCCUUCAGCCUGCAGGACAGGAGGUACAACUUCAGAACCGCCUCCUACUACUGGGACUCCCAGCGACGGCUCUUCCGGAACCUGCUGAAGCUCUACGGCAUCCGGUUCGACGUCUCGGUGCACGGGCAGGCUGGGAAGUUCAGCAUCAUUCCUGCUGCCAUGAGCUUUGGCGCUGGCAUUGCCUUCUUUGGUGCUGCCACGGUGGUCUGUGACCUUGUUCUGCUCUACCUGGAUGCAAAGGCUGAUGUCUAUUGGAAGGAGAAGUUCGAGGAGGUGAAUGAGGAGAUGUCACAGGGCAUGGGUGGGGAGGCCCCUGCAGAGCCGGGGAACUGCCAGCCUUAG